CUACUUUCGUAUCUCAUGCAUACAUUAGGAGAUCAGCUCCUCCUGGAUGGCAAGCCUACAUUCAUCCUGAAGGCCGUCUCUAUUACUGUUAUGAGAGCGUGGUGACUUUUGACGGAUGUUCAAGGAAAAUUCACGUUAUAACGCAGGCGGACCUCGUUCGUGACGGAGUUGCUGAGACAAUCGAGGACCUUGCAAAGCUAGCUUAUAGUCAUGCUUAUCACCAUUCUUCUUUCCCGGAGAACGUAGACCUCGUGUUGGAACCUAUGCAUGACGUCGGAGAAACCAUUAUAGGAGAGUACUAUUUCGUGCACCAUGAGAACAAGUGCCUGUUCUGGUUGCUGGACUUUGAUGCCGCCGAAAUCCUGCGAGAAUGCAGUGGGGUCACUGAACUUGCUCAUAAGAAAAUCGAGUUGGAGGCUCAGUACUGGAAGCAUAUCGACCUGUUUCCGCACGCAAGUGCUCUCCACUCUGAGGUCCUUCGACAAUUGCAGCAGAUCAUUCGUUUUGCGAUAAGCGAUUGCAUGACUUCGGAGGUGUCGGCAGUCUGUGCCUUCAGCAUGGAUGUCCUCAAGAACACUCUGGACCUUAUCAAAGAUGUGGAUGUGGAGGACGACUGGAUUCCGUCGGCACACGACAAAUGUCUCGUCGCGAGGACGAUGAACCAUUUUAGACAUUGUCAAUACCUCAACUACCAUGGGCAGCGAGGCGCGCGGCUCUCCAGAGACCAGACUGUACAUGGUGAUUCCUACGAAGAGCGGUCCGUUAUGAUGAAAUGUCUUGCACCCUUGCUCUUCAAUGCCCCUUAUGAGCACGUCCACUCUCUUCACAAACUCUACGUCGACUCCAUAGUUAAUCAGCUCGACUGGCGCACCUUCGUUCAAAAGCUGAACGCCGAGAUGCAGGACUUCAAUCUACUCGCGACAGUGCUCUUGAGUGUCAAUGUUGGGUUUUUGGCGAUUCAGAGUGUAGAUAACGGUGGGGGACAUUCUUUAUCGCAGGUCGCGAGCUACGUUUCUGUGAUCUCAAGUUUUGGGUGCAUGCUGCUUGGCGUGAAUAUCGCGAGACAAAGUUACGCUCAAGGUCCAGACAUGGUUGAUAAUGUGCAAGCACACCUGCAGAGCAUGAUGCACCCCAAGCACGGCCUCGAAACGCUUGCAAUUAUAUACAGCCUACCGUAUGCUUUACUGAUGUGGGGGAUGAUAUUUUUCGUGAUUGCAUUCUUAACUGAAUGUUGUCAUAACUCGACUGCGGUACCUUCAGUCCCUGUGGGUGUGACGGCAUUCAUUGUGCUGGUCCUUGUCGGGUGGUCUUGUCACAAGUUGGGAGACCCAAAUCUCAGGGCGGAGUGUGGGUACUUGUCUGAAAGUAUGCUUGCGGCAGGAAAGUGGGUCAAGGAUUUACCUAGAAGGAUCCCGGCAGUGUUGCGCUCAUGUGCCUCGGUAAGCGAAAAGAAUCAUCUGGGUCCGGAGUUGGGUGUUUGAGCUAAGGUGGGAAAUUAUAAAAACCCCGCUGUCGGACAUGUUAAUGUUACCGUACUCGACG